CCUACAAGAAAUCACAAACGCCCGCACCCAUCGCCCUCCGGAUCCCACCCCGAAACCGGUGUAGAGACAGCGAACCAUAUACUACCCCCUCCCCACCACAAGCCAUGUCCGAGCCCGCAGCCGCCACCACCACCACCGCGUUCGUGCGCGCUGGCUCGCCGUCCUACAACCCUAUUGUCGUGGACCCGGCUCUGCAGGCGCGCUUCGGCUGCUCCAUGCAGGCCUUCCUGGACCGCGAAUACACCAACACCACCACCACCACCACCACCGCCCUCGGUUCGGUGAAGCCGCAGUGCCUCGCGACGGGCGCCGUCGUCUUCAACGCCUCCCGCACCGCCGUCCUGCUGGUGCAGCGGUCCGCGUCCGACUCGAUGCCGGGCCUGUGGGAGACGCCCGGCGGCGGCGUCGACGCCGACGACGCCACGGUGCUGAGCGCCGUGGUGCGCGAGCUGUGGGAGGAGGUCGGCUUGCGCGCCGCGUCGGUGCGUUUCGUCGUGCCCUGCCGGGGGCACGGCGACGGCGACGACGUCGUCGACGGGGGUCACGACGAUGCGUUGACGCAGGUGUUCCUGACGCGCAGGGGCAGGGUCGUGGCCAAGUUCAACUUUGUCGUCGACAUCGAGGACGACGACGCCGCCGCCGUGGUGCUGGACCCGCGCGAGCACCAGGCCUACGUGUGGGCGACCGAGGAGGAGUGCGUCCGGGGCGCGAGGGGGGAGGUGCAGCUGCCCAUCACGACGAGGGAGCAGCGCGAGGUUAUACUGAAUGCGUGGAGGAUUGUCAAGGGGCUAUGAUGGUUGAUGGUUGGGGAUUGAAUAAACGGGACUUUGGAGCACAGCAUGGCGGGCUUGGGCUAUUGCAUUUUUAUGCAUGCAUUAUAGCACUUUGUGGGUAGGCGUUACGUUGGGAGCAUCAGAAACGGCAAAUUAGAUAAGAAUCAUAAAAAGAAUGACCAUGUCCUGGAGACACAGAGAAAACAAGGGCAAAAGCCCAAAAUACAUGCCCACUGUCAGAAUCGAACUGACGAU